GAGAAAAAAACAACAGCAAAAAAAAAACACCUCCACCUCCCUCCACCACCACCACCACCUCUCGAUCCGGGCAUGGCGGCCUAGCCCCUAGGGUUUGUCUCCCCACGCAGAGUCGCCUCCGUCUCGGAGACCGUGCCCCUGGCACCCGCCGCUCUGUCGCGGCGCCUGAUUCCGCCGCCGGCGCCGAAUGCUACGCAGUUUGGUCACGCCGCUCUCUGGGCGAUCUCGCGAGGUCCGGUACUGGAGGGUUCCUCGAGGUUCGGAGGCGUUCGAGGUGCGGCGGUGCUCGUGCGGGGCGUGAAGCUGCAAUCUGGCGGGCGGUGGUGGCGGCGGCGGUCGUGGUGACUGUGAGAGCGCGGGGCGGGUGGUCGGCGGUGAUUUGAGGCUGGCGGUGGUGAGCCGGCGGAGAGUGCAGAGAGUGCAGGUGUCGUCAGUGUUUAGGAUGAGAUGAGCUCUUGCUGCUGAUGUGAUGAACUCGGGGUCGGCGUUUUUCGGUUUCUCCGCUCAUUUACUUCCUCCGCUGGCGAAAAUCCGGUUAUUCGGAUCGAGCUGCGGUCGUCUAGGUGUUUUUCUUCAGUUUUCGGUGAAAAUACUCGAGCUGUGAGGAACUUUUGGCUUCAUUAUUCCAAUUGGAAAACAGUUGGAAGUUUGUUUAGAGUUUAUCUCUCUGUGAGAUGAGGGCGAGGAUUUUCUGCGAUGGUAUGGGUUUUGGUUAAGGGAAGAGGAGGAGGAGAAAGCAGCCCAAGAUGGUUUCUGGGCGCAGGAGAGGCAGGCAGGUGUUGCUGCUGGGAAUAUGAUGGCACACUGACGAGCAGCUCCUUCGGUGUGCUUCCGUCGGGGUGCAGCAGAGUUUCGUGUUCUUGGCGACGGUUGCACUGGUGAUUUCGACAUGAAGCUCUCCCCGUCGGCAGCGCCGGAUACACUGCAGGCUUUGCCGGAGAAUGACGGGGAACAAAGGUGUCUGAACUCGGAGCUGUGGCAUGCAUGCGCUGGGCCCCUUGUGUCUUUGCCAAUGGUCAGGAGCCGGGUCGUCUACUUUCCACAGGGCCAUAGUGAGCAGGUUGCGGCAUCGACUAAUAAGGAAGUUGAUGCUCAAAUCCCAAAUUAUCCAAACCUACCCCCUCAGCUAAUCUGCCAGCUUCAUAAUGUCACCAUGCAUGCUGAUGCAGAAACAGAUGAAGUUUAUGCCCAGAUGACACUGCAGCCAUUGAGCCCGGAAGAGCAAAAGGAACCUUUUCUUCCCAUGGAGUUGGGUGCUGCUAGCAAGCAGCCCACUAAUUACUUCUGCAAGACGUUGACUGCGAGCGAUACAAGUACUCAUGGUGGAUUCUCUGUUCCCCGCCGAGCAGCUGAGAAAGUCUUCCCUCCACUGGAUUUUUCACUGCAACCUCCAGCACAGGAGUUGAUCGCAAGAGAUUUGCAUGAAAAUGAGUGGAAAUUUCGUCAUAUAUUUCGUGGUCAGCCCAAAAGGCAUCUCCUUACAACAGGCUGGAGUGUGUUUGUGAGUGCGAAAAGACUAGUAGCAGGAGACUCUGUUAUAUUUAUCUGGAAUGAUAACAAUCAACUUCUUUUGGGAAUACGUCGUGCAAAUCGUCCGCAGACUGUUAUGCCCUCUUCCGUGUUAUCAAGUGAUAGCAUGCAUAUAGGUCUUCUUGCAGCAGCAGCUCAUGCUGCAGCCACAAAUAGUCGCUUCACUAUUUUUUAUAACCCCAGGGCUAGCCCUUCUGAAUUUGUGAUCCCAUUGGCCAAGUAUGUGAAGGCUGUUUAUCACACACGCGUAUCUGUUGGGAUGCGCUUUAGAAUGCUUUUUGAGACAGAGGAAUCAAGUGUUAGACGAUACAUGGGUACAAUCACCAGCAUAAGUGAUCUAGAUUCUGUGCGCUGGCCAAACUCACAUUGGCGUUCUGUUAAGGUUGGUUGGGAUGAGUCUACCACUGGUGAUAAACAGCCAAGAGUUUCUCUCUGGGAGAUUGAGCCUUUGACAACCUUUCCGAUGUACCCCAGUGCCUUUCCAUUAAGACUUAAGCGUCCGUGGGCUUCAGGACUGCCUAUGCACGGCAUGUUCAAUGGUGGGGGGAAUGAUGAUUUUGCUCGCUAUCCUUCUCUCAUGUGGCUUCGAGAUGGAAAUAGAGGAGCACAGACACUGAAUUUUCAAGGACAUGGAAUCUCACCAUGGCUUCAGCCAAGAAUAGAUUCUCCAUUGCUGGGUGUUAAGACAGACACAUACCAGCAAAUGGCUGCAGCGGCAUUGGAAGAAAUUAGAUCUGGGGAUAAUUUAAAGCAGCCUUCGGCUACCCUGCAAUACCAACAGACUCAGAAUCUGAAUGGUGGACUGAAUUCUCUGUUUGCAAGUCAUGUUCUACAACAGAUGCAUUAUCAAACUCCACAGUCACCCCUGCAAGCUGUUCAGCAAGGCCAUUGUCAGAACACUGGUGACUCUGGAUUUGUUCAAGGUCAGCUUACGCAGCUGCAGUUGCUAAAGGAGCAAGAGUUCCAGCAGCAGCAGCAGCAGCAAAGACAGCAAAUUUUACAAGAGCAAUCUCAUCAUGAGAUGCCACAGCAGCUCCCAUCCAGUGAUCCUCGUAUUGCUGAUGUAGCCUCUGAGUCUGGAUCUGCUACACAGGCACCAUCAUCAUUGCUUAAUGGAUCAUCAUUCUACCAUCAAAACCUCUUAGAAGGAAAUAGGAAUCCCUCUUUGCAACUACACAAUAAUUUCCACAACUUUUCCAGCCAAGAAGCCUCGGACAUCCUUAGUUUGCCUCCAAGUAGCCAAUUAAUGGCAUCCAAUGGGUGGCCUUCAAAGCAGCUGGCUGUAGAAUCUAUUGUUCAUCCUGAAGCUCAGCCCAUGCUUCCCAAGAUUGAGAAAGUAAAUCACCAUACUAGUAUAUCUCAUUUUCCUGGUACCUUUCCAUCACAAUCUGCAAGAGGCUGUUCUGUCGUCCAGGAUUGUGGGGCUGAUGCUGAUAACCGCCUACUUUCAUCAUCAUUUGAACUCCAGGAUGGCAUGACAAGCAUCAUAAGUGAUGCUAGCAGAGAAACUGAUACUAUGGCCAUACCUUUGUUGAGAUAUAAUGGUGCAGAUUUGACAACUGAAAACACCUUAGCAACCUCCAAUUGUUUAGGUGAAUCUGGAACGUUCAAUCAUCUUAAUAAUGUUUGUGUAAAUCCGUCACAAGGAGCAACCUUUGUGAAGGUUUACAAAUCAGGGUCCCUUGGGAGAUCACUCGACAUCUCCAGAUUCAGUAGCUACUGCGAAUUGCGUAGUGAGCUCGAGCAUCUCUUUGGUCUUGAAGGCCAACUGGAGGACCCUGUAAGAUCAGGCUGGCAGCUUGUAUUUGUCGACAGGGAAAAUGACAUUCUUCUUGUCGGCGACGAUCCAUGGCAGGAGUUUGCGAAUAGCGUAUGGUGCAUAAAAAUACUCUCGCCACAGGAGGUGCAGAAGUUGGUUCGUGGUGGAGACGGCCUUCUGUCCUCACCUGGAGCAAGGAUUCAGCAGAGCAAUGCUUGCGACGACUAUUCUGCGAGCCACAACAUGCAGAAUAUCCCUGGCAACAUUGCAUCUGUAGCACCUCUGGACUACUGAAAAUGACGACUAUUCUGCGAGCCACAACAUGCAGAAUAUCCCUGGCAACAUUGCAUCUGUAGCACCUCUGGACUACUGAAAAUGUAGACCGGAAUCUGAACAAACCACCCUUAGAACUGCAGGAUCACCGUUCGUGAUAUAGCCUGCGUUUCAUGUGAUCUUCACACUAGUCCUGUGACUCCUGUCCGAGUCAGUAGCAACUCAGUCAAUAAUAUAGCUAGAUGAUCUGUUGUAUUUAUCUGAUAAUGAACAAGCUGUAUGAUAGCUGCUUUAGCUCUACUGUAGCCUAAAGCUCUAAUGGCAGGCAACUUGGCAAGAGUAUGAAUGAUGGCAAUCACUGUAGAAUUGACCUUAUUAUGUAGCUAUUAAUAUGUCUAGAACUGAUGAUUCCAAAUGGAGUCUAAGCAUUUCAAAAUCAAACAACCUUUUGUCGCCUUGUUCAUGUUUUUGCCACAAAUUGCGGCUAA